AGAGCAGAGCAUUAUCUGCGCAACAGGAGACGGGAGGGGAGUGCGGUAUGUCCCCUGUGUGGACAGUACAGCAAACCGACAUUUUAAGACUUUGUUAAAACUAACUCCGCAAACAUGAGUUUAUACGGUUCUAAUCCGAAAUUGGCCACCAUGGGCCCGAGGAGUAAUUCUCGACAGGAUUUGGCGAAUGCAAGUUUCAGAAGCGACAUGGUCGGGGGAAACGGUUUCCACGCAGAAUACCCAACGGACGGCGGAUACACCACAGUCUACUCCUACUCCAAGUCCUCCUCGCACGGCGCUAAGGGACAGAAGUUGCCUAUGAGCAUGGGUGCCGCAGGUGGGGGAGUGAGUGCACAGGCAAUGCAGCAAAGAGCUAUCCUUCUGUCGAACCAGUGCCACAGUUUCCUGCAGAGGGCCGAAAUGAUUAUCCAGGGUGGGGGUCAAGCUGCAGAGGCAGAAAAGCUGUUGAUGAUGGCUGCAGAAACCAUGGAGCAGAUGAUGGUCUGUGGCAGGGACCUGCAGCAAAUGCGUAUACCUAGUGAUGUCUUCAGAAGUGUAGAACAGUUCCAGCACAUGCAUGGUGCUAUCCAACAGCAACUAGUCGGUAAUAUGACAAUAAGACGGCGAAAAAGCAGCGUGGGUUCCCAGGAGGGGGGGAGGAUCUUUAAUGAUGCCAUCGCCUGGAUUGCUCAGCAAAAGCGCAUGAUUGAGACAGCUCCGUGGGGAGACGACUCUGAAACCAUAGAAAAACAAAUCAUAAGCCACAGCAGAAGCCACAGCUCUAUACAAAGGAGCCAGGAAGUAGACCGUGCCAGAGAUGACCUGAACAUGAGGGGUGACAAGUAUAACCUGGCAAUCAUGGAACAAGAAUGGGAAAGUCUGCAGAAAAUGUCCCACAACCGUGUGGAUCAGCUGCGUGAGCUUAAGGGCAUCAUUGAUGAGAUCUCCCAAGCCAUCAUGUGGGUGAAUGAGAGAGAGGAGGAAGAGCUUAUGUUCGACUGGGGAGACAAGAACAUCGACCAGUAUAUCCCAAGGAAGCAAGAGAGCUACUCGGGACUGAUGAGAGAUCUUGAGGAGAAGGAAAAGGAACUAAACAAGCUGAAGAUGAAAGCAGAUGGACUCCUGAACAACGACCACCCUGCCUCUGAUAAAAUUGAUGCCUACAUGGACACCUUACAGACCCAGUGGAGCUGGCUUCUCCAGAUCACCAAGUGUAUCCAUGUUCACUUAAAGGAGAAUGCUGCCUACAGCCAAUUUUUCAAGGAGGCCAAUGAGACCUAUGCAAAGCUGCAGAAAGGGCAAGACACUAUCCGAAACAACUUUAGCUGCGACAAGAACAGCACGCUGGAUAACCUCAACGAACUCCUGAGAAACCUGGAGAAAGAGAAGGUGCGAGUCAUGGAGAAUAAGAGGCAGGUCCACAGUCUGGUAAACAAAUCUAAGAGCAUUGUCAGGCUGAAACCUCGCAACCCAGAGGACAAGACUAGCAGCCCCGUCAUAGUCAAGGCCUUAUGUGACUUUAAACAAGACCAGAUAGGGAUUUUGAAAGGGAAUGAAGGCAUCCUGAAGGAUAACUCGCAGCGCAGCAAGUGGCUUGUGACUGGACCUGGCGGUCUGGAUAUGUUGGUUCCCUCUGUGUGUCUGCUUAUCCCCCCACCAAACCCUCUCAGCAUUGGCCUUGCCAACAAGAAUGAGCAGUAUUAUGAAGCCAUCAUGAGCAUCUGGAGUCAGCUCUACAUCAACAUCAAGAGUCUCAUCGCAUGGCAAUACUGCCUCAAAGACAUGACUUACAUCAACUCCCUCACUACCACCAUGCUGUCUAACAUGCGUCCCGAUGAGUACCGCAAUAUCAUCAAAACACUGGAGACUCAUUACCAAGAGUUCUUGCGUACCAGCCAAGGUUCUGAGAUGUUUGGGGAAGACGACAAGAAAAAUAUCCAGGACCGCUUUGAUAAAACCCAGAGCUACUAUGAUACACUGAUUAUCCAGCACCCUGGGACUGGAGUGGUGAAGCCUGAACCACCAAAACCAGAAUCCCCGAUUAUUGAAGUAAAGGAUAACCCGAACAAAACCCAGCCUCCCUCAACCAGUUCUACCCUCAGCGUCAUCCUGCUAAAAGAUCUGCAAGAAAUUCAUCGCAGGCUGGAGCUGGCUGAGUCUGGGCUCACCAGCCAUCUCCACAUUCCCCUGGGGGAGAACAGCGUGCACGAGUGCUCAGUGCACAUCACAAAGCUGAAGACUGUGCACCAAGACUUGGACUCCAUUUAUGAUGAGUACAUGCGACUCAGAGAAAAGAUUCUUAAGCAACUGGAGGGAAUACCUCGAGACUCUGAGCAAGCCAAGUUCCUCCACUCUGAACUGAAAAUCAUAAGCAAAAAACUGACUGGCCUGCAGGCUCUCUACCCUGCCUACUUUGAAAGGAUGUCAGCUGUUCAGGCUUUUCUCUACAGCCUCCAUCAGGCUGAAGAUAUUAUUAAAGUCCAUGAGGCCCGGCUGACAGAGAAGGAGACCUCCUCUCUGGACCUUCGAGAGGUGGAAAACUAUCGGAGCACACUGAAGCAAAUGAAAAGCGAUCUGGAUCAAAAAAGAGACCUUCUGACGGCAAUGGAAUCUGACCUGAGUAAAGCAGUGCACUUUAAUGGUCAAAUCACUGAGCCCUACCACAAGUGUGAUGUAGACUUGGCCAAGUACUCAGACCAGGUGGUUCAGAUGUCUGAUCGCUGGCGCCGCAUCCAAAACCAGAUUGACAGCAGAGUGUGGGAUUUGGAGAAGCAGGAGAAACAGGUGCAACAUUAUCAGCAGAGCAGCAAUUUCCUGGAGCAGUGGAUCAACAAUGCCAGGAAGCGGCAGGACACCCUUCAGACGGUUAAGAUCAGCGACAUCCAGACUCUAAUGGACCACCUCAACCAACAAAAGGCUCUUCACACUGAAAUAAAAGGAAAGAAGGAGAAAGUAGAGGAUAUGCAGAAAAAUGCAGACACCUGUGCAUCCUCCAUAAAGGACUAUGAGCUGCAGCUGGCUUCCUACAGUUCAGGCCUGGAAACACUGCUUAACAUUCCUAUCAAAAGAACAAUGCUGCAGUCACCCGCUUCUGUGGUCAGACAAGAGGCGUCUGGUCUCCAGUCCAACUACAUAGAGCUCCUGACCCGCUCAAGUGACUACUACAAGUUCCUAGGGGAGCUCCUGAAGAACAUGGAGGAGCUAAAGAUGCGGAACACCAAGAUAGAUAUGUUGGAUGAGGAACUGAAGCGUCUGAAGGACGAAAUCCAGGACCGUAAUCAGAAAAACAAGUCUCUGGAGGAUGCUUUGGCCCGCUUAAAGCGGGAGCUCUCUCUAUCACAGGAGAAGCUAAUUUCUAUGGAAGAGAUUAAGAUAAGCCAUACAAUGCAAGUUAAUGCCACCAAGGAUAGCCUGGAGAGCACACACAGCCAACUUCAAAAGCUUAAUGAACAACUGAUCCAAAUUAAAUACGAGCUGGAUGAAGAAAAGAGGAAAAGAAGACUGGCAGAGGAGCGCUACACCAGCCAACAAGAAGAGUAUGAGGGGGCUGUUCGCCGCAGACAGAAAGAGUUGGAAGAACUCAACUGGACCAAGAUUGAUUUGGAAAAGUCGGUGAAAGACAAGGAACGUGAACUGGAGAGGAUGAAGAUACUGCUAGAGGAGGAAGAGCUGCGUCGACGAAAUGCUGAAUCAGAUAUCUCAAAGGUAAGAACACAGUACACCCAGGAGCUUAAUGAACUCAAGCAGACAUACGAGACACAGAUCCAUGUUACCAAGACCACGAUCCUGAAAACCGAACAGCAGAAAAAAGAAGACACAGCAGGACUGAAGCUGCAAGCUGACAGACUCAAUAGUGAAAAGAGAGAUCUAGAGGAGGAGCUGAGGAGGCUCAGGCACUCCAUUGCUCAGACGGAAGAACAGAAGAGCAGAGCAGAGCAGGAGGUCAGCCAGCAGAGGGCCUCAGUGGUACAAGAAACAAGAGUGCGCAGUGAAUUGGAGAUUCAGCUGAGAACACUGAUGCAACAGGGAGGGGAGAAUGACCUCAAACUAAAGGAGGCUACCAAAGACCUUCAAGAAAAGUCCAGGCAGAUCAGUCUUCUAACAUUUAACCUGGAGGAGGAGGGAAAGAAGAGGAGGGCCCUGGAAUUGGAAGUCAAUCACCUGAAACAGGCUGAGGCAGAGCUGAAGGCAAUGAACGCCUCCUAUUUGGAGUCCAUUAACAUCCUUAAAGUGUCAGAGCAAGAGAUCCACAUCACCCAGGUAGAGCUGGAGAAGAAGCAGGCCAGCGAGAAAGCCAAGGUUGAGCAGAGUUCUGCCAGGCUGCAGAGCCGUAUUCGGGAACUUCAGUGCUCUUUGGAUGGAAUGGAAGCUGAGGUGGAGAAGCAAAAGAAAGCAACCCAGGAGGAGUUCACACGUAGAAAGAGAAUGGAGGCAGAGUUGGAGAGGGUGACACAUACUUGCAGAGAACACACUACUACAAUAAGCACACUGAAAUCUACCCAGAUAGAGACUUCCAACAGUGGAAGGAAGUAUGAGCAGGACAUCAGCGCCCUCCAGGAGGCUCUGGAGAAGAGUCUGAGAGAGCACAAAGUCACCAAGCAGGAACUGGCCACUGUCACAGCUGACCUGAGGUCACUUAAACAGAAGCUCCAGCAGGAAAUUGCUCGUUGUGAUGAGCUCAACCAACGUAACGAGAGCCUGUAUAAAACCAUUGAGGAGAAGAGCCUCCAGCUUAACAACUUCAAUACAGAGAUUGAAAAGCUGAAGACUCUGACGCAGAACCUGACCAAGGAAAGACUAAGGUUGGACGAGGAGCUGAGGAAAGUGAGACAUGAGAGGGAUGAGCUGAAGCUUAGCAAAGACGCUAUUGAUGGAGAUACUUCAACUCAGAUCUCAGCCUUGCAUGUCCAGCUUCAGAGUAGCAACAGGAGGACCACGGAGCUCCAGAGCCUCAUCAAUGACCUGACCAACGAGAGGGAAAAACUUAAAACGGAAAUAGACAAAAUCCAAAAGCAAUCAAUUGAGACAUCCAUCAUGAUGCAUAGUUCCCAAAGCCAAUAUAGUGAGCUACUGCUGGAGAGGGACAGUUUACUGUCCAGGCUUAAACUACUGGAUCAGGACAAGAAUCGUAGUCUGCGCAUAGAAGAGGAACUGACCCGUAUCAAGAUCACGUUAGAUACUGAGCUCCGCAACAAACAGCGGCUUCAAGAUGAAAAUAAUGGUAUCCUUAAGGAUUUCAACCAAAUGAAGAGCAAGUAUGAGUUGAGAGAAAGCCACAUUAGGCAGUGUGAAUCAGACAGAGACAAGGCUGAUCGAGACAGGAUCUCCCUGAAGACUGAGAUAGAUAGGCUCAUGAGGGAACUGAAGAGUAUUGAGGAGAGGUACAAGAGCCGCCUGACGAUCUCUGAAAAGGAGGCAGCAGACCUGGCUCUCAAGAGAGCGGCGCUGGAGAAAGAGAUAAAGAGGCUGCAGCAGAGACCCAGCACAAUGACCAGGCAGACCCAGACAAAGGAAAAUGUUUCAACAAUUGAUCCAUCCAAGCUGAUAUUUGAUGGGGUACGCCGCAAAGUCACAGCCCAUCAGCUUUGUGACUGUGGUAUAAUCACUAAAACCACACUGGACCAACUCCUAAAUGGAAAAAAGACAGUGGAUGAGGUAGCCAUGGACAUCCAGCUUAAUCUUAAAGGCACUGGCAUUAUUGCUGGCAUGAAAGCAGGUUCUCAAGGGAAAAUGCCGUUCACUGAAGCGAAAAACAAGAAACUCCUCACUCCAGAGAGUGCCCUCAUGCUCCUUGAAGCCCAAGCUGCAACAGGCUACAUAAUGGACCCAGCAUUUAAUGAAAAGAUGCCUGUGGAUACUGCCUGCUCAAGAGGGAUUGUAGACACAGAAGACAGAGACACCUUGCUGACAGCUGAAGCUGCCAGCACAGGUUUUAAAGAUCCAUACACUGGCAAAAUGUUAUCUGUGGGUCAGGCUUGCAAACAGGGCCGUGUAAAAAAAGACACAGCCAUCCGCUUGCUCCAGGCUCAGGACUCUGUUGGAGGCAUUUUGGACCCCGUUCUGAGCGUGUUCCUUCCGAAAGAUCUGGCUUUGGAUCGCAAUCUUAUCGAUGAAGAGCUCUACAGGGCUUUGAACAAAAAACCCACCUGCUACCUGGAUCCAACAACAGGAAAGAAGAUAAGCUAUAAUGACCUUCGGAAGAAGGCCGUGGUGGAACCUGUCUUUGGCUUGCUUCUGCUCUCUGGUCCAGAACAACCUGAUAAAAUCCCAGGUAUCAGAGGGUAUGUCACAAUUUUAGAGCUCUUCAUCUCUGGACUGCUGAGUGAAAGUGAUUUUGCGAAGUUUAAUGCAGGCGAGCUCACCAUCAGUGAAAUUCAAGAAAAGCUAAAGUCCUAUCUCUAUGGCUCCUCCUGCAUUGCAGGGAUCUAUGAUGAGGCCAAUGACAGAAUAAUGCCUUUCUAUCAGGCUAUGAAGGAAGGCCUGCUCAUGCGAGGAACUACCCUGGAACUACUUGAGGCCCAAGCUGCUUCUGGCUUCAUUGUUGAUCCAGUCAACAAUGUGUUCUUGACAGUAGAGGAGGCCGCAAAGAGAGGCCUGAUAGGAAAAGAGUUUAAGAAUAAGCUACUAUCUGCAGAGAAGGCAGUAACUGGAUACACAGAUCCAUCUACAGGAAACAAAAUCUCCCUCUUCGAGGCUAUUGACAAAGAUCUUAUUGAGAAAGGUCAUGGAAUCCGUCUUCUUGAAGCCCAAAUUGCCAGCGGUGGGAUUAUUGACCCCAAAGAGAACCACCGUAUUGAUAUCGCUGUUGCCUAUAAAAGGGGAUACUUUGAUGAGGAAAUGAAUGAGAUCCUAACUUAUGAAGGUGAUGACACAAAAGGCUUUUUUGACCCUAAUGAUAAGGAAAACCUGACAUAUCUUCAGCUGAAGGACAGGUGCAUUACAGAUCCCAAAACAGGCCUAACAAUUCUCCCAAUCAAUGACAAAAAGAAGGCCAAGAAGUCACAGGAGAGCCGUACCAAUAUCCUUCGCAAGAGGAGGGUUGUCAUCGUUGACCCAGACACCGGGCUGGAGAUGUCAGUGAGGGAGGCCUACCAUCGAGAGCUUAUUGACUAUGACACUUUCCUGGGCUUGUCAGAGCAAGAGUGUGAGUGGGAGGAGAUAACUAUCAAGGGGCCUGAUGGCUCUGAGCGUUUGGUGAUAGUGGAUAGGAAAACAGGAACCCAGUAUGACAUCAAGGACUGCCUGGAACGCGGUGUCAUUGAUCAGACGUGUAUAAAUGAGUAUCGUAGCGGAACCCUUACCUUGACACAGUUUGCUGACCAAAUCACCAGCAGAACCAGCAGUAUAGAGAUGAACAUUGCAGCCAGCAAUGUUGAUGACAUCCACACCUGCAGCAGUCCAACCCAAGCCACACCAUCUUCUCCCACAGUUCGUAAACGCUUCAACAGUAUUUCUAUUACUGUUUCUCCACCUGAAAUGUUUGAUGACCACAGCCCUGUGGGGGCUAUAUUCGACACAGAGACCUUGGAGAAAGUAACGGUGACUGAAGGGCUCCGAAGAGGCAUAGUUGACACUAUUACAGCACAGAGGCUACUGGAGGCCCAGGCAUGCACAGGAGGUAUUAUCAACCCUGCCACUGGUGAGAGACUGUCGCUGCAGGAUGCUGUCCAUCAGAGUAUCAUCGACGAAAGCAUGAGCGCUAAGCUGAAACCUGCCCAGAAAGCCUAUGCUGGUUUUGAGGAUGUGAAGACUAAAAGAAAGAUGUCUGCAGCAGAGGCAGUGAAGGAGACAUGGUUGCCAUAUGAAGCUGGCCAGAGAUUUCUAGAAUUCCAGUACCUGACAGGAGGCCUGAUAGAGCCUGGCACUGGACGUCGCAUCACCAUUGAAGAGGCUAUUCGUAGAGGUUGGUUAGAUGGUCAAGGGGCCCAGAAGCUUCAGGAUACAAGGAACCACCAGAAGAACCUGACAUGCCCAAAGACAAAACUAAAGAUCUCCUACAAGCAAGCCAUGGACAGCUGCAUGGUGGAAGAAAGCAAUGGUAUGAAGAUGCUGCAGGCCUCCUCAAUAUCCUCCAAGGGAAUCAGCAGCCCUUACAAUGUCUCCAACCCAGGAUCACGCUCUGGGUCCAGGGCUGGUUCCCUUGCCGGCUCAAGGAGUGGAUCUCGUAGAGGAAGUGUGGAUUACUCCUCUAGCAGCUACUCAUACUGCUCCACCAGUACCAACUUUAGCUCCCUUUCUCAAUCUUAAUACACAGCAUAAAAAUGUUAACUAGACCUGUUAUUAACAACAGGUCAUUUGCAGUUUGAGUACUCUUUUAACAGUUUGGUUUUCUAAAUGCUUUUCUGCUACUGUUUGAAUAAUGAUUCUUAUUUUGAAUGCAUUUAAAUCUUUUGAUAGUUUGCAGAUUUUGGUGAUAAGGUUUUCCAGUAAUCAAAUGUAUGCAUAGUAUGAUUAAUACUCUUAUUCUAAACAACACAUGUUAAAUGAAUAUCUUUUUCACAGCUCAUUUUAAUAUAUUGCUUAGCUUCAGAAAUGAACAAUUUGUUAUUUUAAAGUCUGCUUCAAAAUUAAGUCAAAAUUAAGUUGACUAUUUUAUAUUCUCAGUUGUUUGCAGCUAGACUUGUUAGGUAACAAUACUACUGACUUGUAUGAUUAAUGAUCAACUACAAACAUCCCUUGCAACUAACAUGUUAUUCUCACAUAAUUGAAAAUAAAGUUGUCUUAACAAUUUUGA